CGAUCAAUGGUCUUUCUUAAGAUGGGUAGCUGAAUUUUGAUUUAAUGUACUUGGAAUUUUGGAACAGUAAAAAUGCUACCUUUUGGAAUCCCACCGCCAUUGUAUUUGUUAGAAUCAUGUAAAACCAUCAAACAAGCAUUUCAAGUUUAUGCUCAAAUAAUCCUCAAUGGCUUCCAACACCAUGUCUUCCCCAUCAGCCGAUUCAUCUCUUUCUUUGCCUUACUGGGUUCCGAAGAUGGUACUAAGUACUCUCAGAUUCUCUUCUUACAAAUUCAACACCCAAAUCAGUUCGUGUAUAACACCAUGAUAAGGGGAUUUUCCCAUAGUAAAUUCCCUGAAAAAGCACUUGGCUUCUACUCCUCCAUGCUUCACCAAGUAAACAUAUCUCCUAACAACUUCACUUACCCAUUUUUACUCAACUCGUGUGCAAGACUAUCGACCCAUAAACCAGGAGUUCAAGUUCAUGGGCAUGUCAUAAAAUUUGGGUUUGAAUUGGAUCCUUUUGUCGGGAAUGCUUUGAUGCAUUUUUAUUUGGUUUUCAGACGUUUAAAUGAUGCCCAGAUUAUGUUUGAAGAAAGUCCUGUUACAGACCUUGUUUCUUAUAAUACUAUGAUAAAUGGGUACGGCUUGGCGGGCGAACCUGGGCGUGCUCUGAAUCUAUUUAGAAAAAUGCAAGAUUCGGGUGUUCUGCCUGAUGAGUUCACUUUUGUUGCCCUGUUGUCUGCUUUUUCAUCGUUGAAUGAUCAUAGGAUAGGAAAAGAGAUUCAUGGUUUUGUUUAUAGGAACCUUCGUUGUGUUGAAUCUAACGUGUUGCUUAAGACUGCUAUUCUUCAUUCUUAUGCGAAAUCUGGGUUGAUGGAUUUGGCUGAGAGGGUGUUCAGCUCAAUGCCAAGUAACAAAAGUACUGCAGCUUGGAGUUCCAUGGUAUCGGGGUACGCUCGACGAGGAGAAACCGAGGCUGCUAGGAGAAUGUUUGAUCAGAUGGACCAACCGCAACGGGAUCUAAUCGGUUGGACGGCUAUGAUUAGUGGAUAUUCGCAGUCGGGACAGUGCAGUGAAGCAUUGGAGCUUUUUAAGCAGAUGGAAGAUUUGGGAAUACGACCCGAUGAAUGUACUAUGGCUGCUGUUCUUUCAGCUUGUGCUAGACUUGGAGCUCUUAGUUUAGGCGAGAGGCUUCGUAGUAGGUACAUUGAGGGUGAGUUAUGCAGACAAAACAUUAUUGUUUCAACUGCGUUAAUCGAUAUGUAUUCGAAAUGCGGAAAGAUGGAUUCUGCUCUGCACAUGUUUCACAGCAUUCCAAAGGGUUUAUGGACUGUUUCACUUUUCAAUUCGAUGAUCUCCGGUCUAGCUCAGCACGGGCUUGGUGAGUCCGCUUUGGCUGUUUUUUGGGAUAUGGAAUCGAUAGGGCUGGAACCAGAUAGUGUUACCUUUGUGGCAGUUUUAUCUGCUUGCAGUCACAGUGGCCUAGUCAAAGAAGGCAAAGAGUUAUUUAGAUCGAUGUUGGAUGUGUAUGGUAUUAAACCACAAAAGGAACAUUAUGGUUGCAUGGUUGACCUCCUUGGCCGAGAUGGUUGCUUGGAUGAAGCUUAUGAUUUAAUUCAAAGUAUGCCAUUUGAGGCCAACUCGGUAAUCUGGAGAGCUUUAUUGAGUGCUUGUAAACUCCAUCGAAAUGUUAAGAUCGGUGAAGUUGCUUGCCAAAAACUUAUUGAACUAGAGCCUGAUCACGGAGCUCAUUAUGUUUUGUUGUCCAACAUGCUUGCCAAUACAAACAGAUGGGAACAAGCUGAGAGAAUAAGAAAGGUGAUGGAAGAUAGAGGCAUCCAAAAGCCUCCCGGGUGGAGCUAUAUCGAGUUUCGGGGAACUAUUCGUCGGUUUUUGGCUAGCGACAAGUCUCACUUGCAAGACAAAGGGAUUGAAUCCAUGCUCCAAGAUAUGGCAAUGCGUCUUAGAUCUGCAGGGUAUGUUCCCAAUACAGUGCAAGUAAUGUUUGAUAUAGAUGAAGAAGAGAAGGAAACUGUUGUGUCUUAUCACAGUGAGAAAUUGGCAUUGGCGUUCUGGUUAGUCAGCUCCGGCGCCGGAGAAACUAUAAGAAUAAUGAAGAAUCUUCGAGUCUGCGGAGAUUGUCACUCGGUGUUUAAGCUUCUAUCCGAAAUUUACAGUCGAGAGAUUAUAGUCAGGGAUGCCAUCAGGUUCCACCAUUUUAAGAAUGGAUCUUGCUCUUGUAAGGACUUUUGGUGAUCAUAAAUUGCGGAAAUCGAGGCAGCACUUUCCGGCAGAUGUUUGUAUGAAGAUAAUCACAAAUACAAUGAACUUAAUCAUAAUAAUUUCAUCUGUUUUGCAGCUGUUUUAGCAGAACGACAUAUUCAAUGUACAAAUACAAUGAACUUGAUCCUAAUCAAUCAACUUUUCCAUGCC